AACCGAGUUUCACAUUUAAAAAACAUUGGAUGAAAAAGUUUACACUGGAGUAGAUCCACACCGGCAGGCGUACAGCAGCAAUGACCAGCUCUUAAACGCAGGUUGUGCUGGAUCCAAUGCGAUUUGCGACCCACACCACACUCGAUCGACGCUGCUUUAUAUUGGGGAACCCCAAUUCUUGUCGGAUCUCAAUCUGGUGGGGAGCGGAAUUGUGAAUUAGGGCUUUGAUCCGUCCAUUCGAUUGGAUUCAGAUCUCACUGCUUUUCAUUUGUGAUUUUGGGUGGUGGGAAAGAAUUGAGGAAAAUGCUGACCAAGUUUGAGACGAAGAGUAAUAGAGUGAAAGGUUUGAGUUUCCACAGCAAGAGGCCAUGGAUCUUGGCGAGUCUCCACAGCGGCGUGAUCCAGCUCUGGGAUUAUCGCAUGGGCACACUCAUUGAUCGCUUCGACGAGCACGAUGGACCCGUUCGUGGAGUUCAUUUCCACAAAUCGCAGCCGCUUUUUGUAUCUGGAGGUGAUGAUUACAAAAUCAAGGUGUGGAAUUACAAAUUGCAUAGGUGUCUUUUUACACUUCUUGGCCAUCUUGAUUACAUCCGGACAGUCCAAUUUCACCAUGAGUACCCAUGGAUUGUAAGUGCAAGUGAUGAUCAGACAAUCAGAAUAUGGAAUUGGCAAUCUCGAACUUGCAUUUCUGUUUUGACUGGCCACAACCAUUAUGUCAUGUGUGCUUCAUUCCACCCCAAAGAGGACCUUGUUGUUUCAGCCUCUUUGGACCAGACUGUUCGUGUUUGGGAUAUUGGUGCCUUGAGGAAGAAAACAGUAUCUCCUGCUGAUGAUAUUCUGCGACUUUCUCAAAUGAACUCAGACUUCUUUGGUGGUGUCGAUGCUGUUGUAAAGUAUGUCUUGGAAGGCCACGAUCGAGGGGUUAACUGGGCUUCCUUCCAUCCCACUCUCCCCCUGAUUGUUUCAGGAGCAGAUGAUCGCCAAGUUAAAAUCUGGCGCAUGAAUGAUACUAAGGCUUGGGAGGUGGAUACCUUGAGAGGUCACAUGAAUAAUGUGUCAUGUGUUUUGUUCCAUGCAAAGCAGGACAUUAUUGUGUCUAAUUCCGAAGACAAAAGUAUUCGAGUUUGGGAUGCUACUAAAAGAACUGGCCUGCAGACUUUCCGUAGGGAGCACGACAGGUUCUGGAUCCUUUCAGCUCAUCCUGAGAUGAAUCUUCUGGCUGCUGGUCAUGAUAGUGGAAUGAUUGUAUUUAAGUUGGAGAGAGAGCGCCCUGCCUUCUCUGUUUCUGGUGAUUCACUUUUAUAUGUGAAGGACAGAUUUCUCCGUUCUUUUGAGUACUCAAGUCAGAAAGACAUCCAGCUAAUACCUAUCCGACGUCCUGGCUCUAAUAAUUUGAAUCAAGGGCCUCGAACUCUCUCUUACAGUCCUACGGAGAAUGCUGUCUUGAUUUGCUCUGAUGUAGAUGGUGGUUCAUAUGAACUCUACAUUAUUCCAAAAGAUAGCCAUGGCAGAGGUGACACGGCUCAAGAGGCAAAGAGAGGUACUGGGGGUUCUGCAGUCUUCAUUGCAAGAAAUAGGUUUGCUGUGCUUGAGAAGAGCACAAACCAGGUCCUUGUAAAGAAUCUGAAAAAUGAAAUGGUGAAGAAGAGUGCUCUUCCUAUUGCUACUGAUGCUAUAUUCUAUGCUGGCACUGGAAAUCUUCUUUGCAGAUCUGAGGACAAAGUUGUUAUUUUUGAUCUCCAACAAAGGAUUACCCUUGGGGAUCUUCAGACACCAUUUGUAAGAUAUGUGGUUUGGUCUUCUGACAUGGAAAGUGUUGCUUUACUGAGCAAACACUCCAUUGUUAUCGCUGAUAAAAAGCUUGUGCACCGUUGCACUCUUCAUGAGACAAUUCGUGUCAAGAGUGGAGCCUGGGAUGACAAUGGUGUCUUUAUAUAUACUACUUUGACACAUAUCAAAUACUGCCUUCCUAAUGGAGAUAGUGGCAUUAUCAAGACACUGGAUGUCCCAUUGUAUAUCACUAAGAUAUAUGGAAACACCAUCUUUUGCUUGGACAGGGAUGGGAAAAGCCGUCCAGUCAUUGUGGAUUGUACGGAGUAUGUUUUCAAGCUGUCCUUGCUGAAGAAGCGUUAUGACCAAGUUAUGAACAUGAUAAAAAAUGCUGAUUUGUGUGGGCAAGCCAUGAUUGCGUAUCUGCAGCAGAAGGGCUUUCCCCAAGUUGCCCUUUAUUUUGUGAAAGAUGAGAGAACUCGCUUCAACUUAGCUCUUGAAAGUGGUAAUAUUGAGAAGGCUCUGGAAUCGGCUAAAAAUAUUGAUGAGAAAGAUUACUGGUACAGGCUAGGUGUGGAGGCACUUCGGCAGGGAAAUGCUGGCAUUGUUGAAUAUGCUUACCAAAAGACGAAAAACUUUGAGAGGCUAUCCUUCCAUUACCUGAUCACUGGUAAUCUAGACAAGUUGUCCAAAAUGAUGAAAAUUGCUGAAGUCAAGAAUGAUGUUAUGGGUCAGUUUCAUGAUGCUCUAUAUCUAGGCGAUGUGCGGGAGCGUGUUAAGAUUCUGGAAAAUGCAGGUCAUUUGCCACUUGCAUAUAUUACAGCCUCAACCCAUGGACUGCAUGAUGUUGCAGAGCGCCUUGCUGCGGAACUGGGUGAUAAUAUUCCUUCUCUCCCCGAAGGAAAGAAAGCUUCACUUCUGAUGCCCCCAACCCCAGUGUUAUGUGCUGGUGACUGGCCUUUGUUAAUGGUAAGUAAAGGAAUUUUUGAGGGUGGUCUAGAUGAUACAGGCAGAGGUGUAGACGAGGAUUUGGAAGAGGCAGCAGAUGCCGACUGGGGUGAGGGCUUGGAUAUCAGUGAGGUGACCGACUUGCAGAAUGGUGACAUUAAUAUAUCACUGGAGGCAGAUGAUAUUCACGAGGAGAAUGAUGAGGAGGGAGGAUGGGAUCUUGAGGAUUUGGAUUUGCCUGCUGAUGCCGAGACACCAAAGACCGGUGCUAAUGCACGAUGUGCUGUAUUCGUCGCCCCCACCCCUGGCAUGCCGGUAAGCCAAAUUUGGGUACAGAGAUCAUCUCUGGCAGCAGAACAUGCAGCUGCAGGCAACUUCGACACGGCAAUGCGCCUGUUGAACCGGCAACUGGGAAUAAAGAAUUUCUCUCCACUUAAGUCGCAGUUUGUUGACCUUCACUUGGGCAGUCAUACUUACUUGGAUGCCUUCACCUCAGCGCCUGUGAUCUCGAUUGCACUGGAGAGGGGCUGGAGUGAAUCGACGAGUCCCAAUGUCCGUGGCCCCCCUUCGCUCAUUUACAAUUUCUCUCAAUUGGAAGAAAAGCUCAAGGCUGGUUACAAAGCUACAACUACCGGAAAGUUUUCUGAAGCACUUCGGCUCUUCCUCUUUAUUCUUCACACAAUUCCACUGAUCAUAGUCGAGACAAGGCGGGAGGUGGAUGAAGUCAAGGAGCUGGUUAUCAUUGCAAAAGAGUAUGUUCUGGGACUGAAGAUGGAGCUCAAAAGGAGAGAAUUGAAAAACGACCCUGUUCGCCAGCAGGAACUCGCGGCCUAUUUUACCCAUUGUAACCUCCAGCUUCCGCACACGCGGCUCGCAUUGAUGAACGCAAUGACGGUAUGCUACAAGGCGCAGAAUCUGAGCACUGCAGCCAACUUCGCUCGCCGACUUCUGGAGACCAAUCCGAGCAACGAGAACCAGGCCAAAACAGCCCGCCAGGUUCUUCAGGCGGCGGAGAGGAACAUGAAAGAUACAGCUGAGUUGAACUACGACUUCAGAAACCCAUUUGUCGUAUGCGGCGCCACGUAUGUCCCGAUCUACCGAGGCCAGAAAGACGUAACCUGCCCUUACUGCACCACGCAUUACGUUCUGUCCCAACAAGGGGAGCUCUGCGCCGUCUGUGAUCUUUCGGUGAUCGGAGCCGAUGCUUCCGGGUUGCUCUGUUCCCCUUCGCAGAUUCGAUGAAUGAAUCGGCAGCCGCCUGCUGGGUCAGCAUUUAGAGAAAUUGCAACUGGGCAAGACAUGUCCAGAGGAUUGGGUAAGCAACAGAGCAGCAAUCAAACAGGUAUGAGUUUCCUAAACCAAAAUAUUUCGUUUUGUUCUAUAUGUUUUUUUGUUCACUAUUUUUGUUUCUCAUCGUCGUUACAUUACAUGUUUCUCUGUAAUAAACCCCAUGUAUGAUUUUUUCAUUUUUCUUUUUUUUUUUUGUUAUGUUACAACCAUUCUUAUUAUGGUGUGUGGAAUUUAGAGCAUUGCUAGUUUAGACGUGGCAAUGUAUAUUGGUGUUCUUAAAUGGCCCCCCAAACUUGUGUUUUUUUGCAGAAUAUGUAAUAGACAACUACUUCACCUACUCAACUUCACUUUUUAUAUAUCAAAUUAUAGUAUUGUGUUAA